GCCUGCCCUCACGGGCCGCUCCGCUCCCGACCCCAGUCCCGGUCCCGGUGCCGGUCCCGGUGCCGGACUCCAUGGCGGAGAGCGGCGCCUGGCUGCUGGUGCUCAGCGCCGUGUUCCUCUGCAACGCGCUCAAGAUCCUCCUGCCCUCCUGCUCCUCCAUCAUAUCCAGGCUGUUACAGAAAGAUGCAGAGCAGGAAUCCCAGAUGAGAGCUGAGAUCCAGACCAUGAAGCAGGAACUUGCCACCAUCAGUAUGAUGGAUGAGUUUGCCAGAUAUGCCCGGCUGGAGAGGAAGAUUAACAAAAUGACUGACAAGCUCAAAACCCACGUGAAAGCACGAACUGCCCAAUUAGCCAAAAUAAAGUGGGUCAUAAAUAUUGUAUUCUACAUAUUGCAGGCUGCCCUGAUGAUCUCUCUGAUCUGGAAGUACUACUCUGAGCCUGUCACGGUGCUUCCCAGCAAAUGGUUGGCUCCCCUGGAGCGCCUGGUGGCCUUCCCUACAGGGGUGGCAGGAGGUGUGGGAAUUACCUGCUGGCUCGUGGUCUGCAAUAAAGUUGUAGCUAUCAUGCUGCACCCCUUCAGCUGAAGGAAUCCCAGCAAUCCAUGGACUCCUCAAUUUCAUUUACAUUAUCACUCUUUUAAAUUAAUUUUAAAAACCCAAAAGGGAUGGUUAUCUUUCGUGAGACAAUCCUUGUUAAUCCCAUUUGGAUAUCAGUCACUCCUUUGGAUUUCUCUUCCCAGAGUUUGUCUUUCAGUUUGGAAAGGACGGCACUGCUGGUUAUAAAACCUCGUUUUGGGUUUAUUCCUGGCAGAACCGUAAGGUUUUGUCAUGGUCUGUUGUCACCAACGUGUAGAACUGUUGGAUUUGUGGUUUUAAAUUGGAAAUGUGCUGGCUUGAGGAAUUAAUUUGGGAGCUUGGCUGUUUCCUUGCUGUAAAACGUGGUGGCUUCACCCCGAGGUGGGAUCGUGUUGAGCGGUGCAGAGGGAGGUUGGUUGCUUGGCUUGGGGCACAGAGGAGUUUCCUUGUGAUUUUUUACCCUAAAAUUGGAAUAUUUUUGAGCUCUCCUAAAACAAUAGAUGUGUUGAAUCAAGAUUUUAUCUCUUAAGAGGUUUCUUCAGCUGCCAAGCACAGGCUCCCGUCCAUGAAGCAGAAGACCGUGCUGUUCCUGCAGAGGGGAUGCUGAUUUAGCUUCCCACUCUGGAAUUCCCAGAGGAAUGAUCUGUUCUGCUAUUUUUUUUCCUCCCUGCAGGAAGGAAAGGGGCCAGAACCCCUCCAAAAUUGGCACUGCCUUUAAAACCCAGUUCAAAAAGUUGGGUAAUGUUGCGUGUGUAUAUAUGGAUUAAAUAUUUUUGUUUGGUUGUUUGUUUUAUGUUAAUUUAAAAAUUGGGAUUUUAUAUUAGGAGUUGCAUUUAGCCAACAUGAAAAAUAAAUAUCAAGGAAAAAAAAAAUGUUGUGGUUGAGUCUUAUGUAUAAUUGUGUUGUUAUUAAGGAAAUAAAGCUUUUACACCCAU